AGAUGGCUCUUUGUCUCGACCCGUCUCAUCACUUCAGAUGACCUUUUACCUGUAGUUAUUGGUCCUUUCGGAGAAGUCUCUGUCACUGACUGCGUAGUAGCAAUUUUUGGUGUAGAUGCCGAUAGGUCCGGGAUUUUUGACGACGAUGCUAGCACAAAGGGUGUUGUUGACUUUUUGGUUGUCGGUGUUAAAGUCGUGUAA